GCUGAAAUCCAAACUUAUUUAUUCGGAAAGAAGUUCCCAAACAGAAUUUUUGUUGGAGGCUUACCGUUAGAUGUAAGUACGGAUGUAUUUGGUUGCAGUAUUGGACGGGGAUUUUUUAGAGUUUAUAUUAAGUUGAACGCUCGAAUUUUUACCAAAAAGCGGUUAAAUGCUUAGCUUAAAAGCUAUUGAGCUAUAUCAAUGAUACAUUAUACUUUAUUUAUAGCAUGAUGCAUAGGAGUAGGAGUUUUUGAAACAUUUGGAAAUCUAAGAAAUUUUAUUAAACAGAAAAAUAACAUCGUCAUCGGUAUGGGCAAAUUUGCUUGCGAACUCAAUCAUGAACUAAAACAUUAGCAUAAUUCAAAUGAUUCAGUCAAGUAUAGCUUAAAGACAGUAACUAAAUUAUUAAUACUAAAGCAGUGCUUAAUUAAUGUGAUAUUGGAAUCCUGCAGUGAAUUUUCGGCAAUCUGACUAUAAACCCUGGACAUCGUGUGUGUUCUACCGCGUGUCAAAAAUUUUGCCGAUGAAUUUCCCCGCAAAAGAAACAUCUCUAUUUCUCAUCGAUAGCUGUUUUGCCGCGCUUUUGAAUUGUUAUAAAAAACGUGAAUAACUUUACAGUAUCUUGAAAAAUAUUUAAUUUCCUUGCAUUAACUUGCUAGUUUUCAGAAAAUUUGCGACCAUUUUGGCGUCGUAAUUUCAUAUAUUUGCAUUUCAUUUUUUUAGACCAGUGCUUAUGAAUUGGCGGACUUUUUCGAAGUUUUUGGUCAUGUUACAGAGACCAAAAUAAUCUUAGAUGGUUCAGGUUUAUCUAAAGGGUAUGUAUGGGUUUUUUCGCAUGUUUUUUGGGUGUCAUUUAUUGUUAAAUUUGCAAGAUUCGUCUCGAGUAGAGUAUUAUGACACUAGCGUUGCGUUAAAUAUACACAGUGCAAACGUUUUUGUCGAUAUAAACUAGAAAACGUUAAAUUCCAUUUCUCCCCGACUUUUCAUUGUAACUCGGAUUAAAUCAGACUUUUCCAAUAUGAAAAACAUACUGUACAUUAUUUGAAAACACCAAAACAAGGCGUGGCAUUAUAAAAUGCAACAGUCAACAGGCUUCCAAUUUAAACAUGAAAUCUAUUAAACCAAUCACAGCCACUGAAGAUUAGAAAGCCAUUUAAGUGCUAUUUAGUAUUAACUCAUUUGAUUUUUGAUGGGGGAGUGGGGUGAGGUGGGGGAGUGGGGUGAGGUGGGUGACUUUUUGGUGCUUGAAAUUUUUUUGUACUCCUACAUCUUUUCUGCAGGAAUUUUUUUAUCUCUGUGCUCUUGCAUAUUUUUUUCCUGAAAACUUUUACUAUCAUAACUAAUCGGCCCAUUAAUCAGUACCUGCCGAUUAUUUUAAAAAGCAAGAGAAAAAUCACAAGAUGACCAACAAUGAAGUUGUAGACUGCAAGCAGUCCCUCUGGAGAAAGGAGGGACUGCCCACAACACAUCAAGAAACAAAUAUGCCCACUUUUCGCUCUUGUCAAGUUGGCUCUGCCUUUGCAUAAACAUUACUUAUAUCCAAUUAAAUCUAUCCAAUAGGAACCAUUAAUGUCAUGUUUAUUUAUAAAAUCAACAUUCAGUCUGGAAAUUAUUUAUAACAUAAUUACCACAUAUCAGAUUUGAUUGACAGGCAUAACAAUUUCAACCAAUGGGAUAUUUGUGUUGUGUGGGCAAUGCAUAUUUCGUUUCUUGAUGUGCUGUUGGCAGACUCCCUCCUUUCCUUUGGCAUGCUCGGAAAUCUAAACCCACGGAAAGGAGGGACCGCUCGCAGUCUAAUGAAGUUGUAAAAAAUGUGGUUUUAUUGUUUACAAUACACACUAUGUACAAUUAAAAUCUGCUUCAAUCUUGGUGUGUCAAUAGUUAAAGUUUAGUUUUGGCAGAUUAUGGUGUAAAAACAGGAUAUUGCCAGCUUUACGUGGAACUUAUAGGUUUGCUGCAUUUUUCAGUGGAAAUGUUCCCAGCUAAAUCACUGAACAUGCGCUCCAAAUAUAUGCUUGAACUUGGUGGGCUAAGAUACUUCAGCGCAAUGUUGAAAAUAUUCAGUUUGUUGGAUUAACCCACCAGGCAUAAGGACAUGCUUUUAACGGUUGAAAGGGAAGAAUGAGAAAUGUGUUGACCUCUAAAUCUUUAAGAUUUGGAAUGUCUUCGUCAGAUGCUGAACUAUCUCUUUGAAACAUUAGACCAUAUGAUCUUGAUGCGGGUUUUUAGACAAAAGACACAGGUUUUGCAUGAAAUGUGAAAAUCUAUUUGCUUGUAUUCAGUAUUUUGGCAUCAGUGCUUGGCAGCUGCAGAAAAAGUCUUAUAGCAGCUGCAGAAAAAGUCUUAUUUGCCGAUUAUCAGGCAAUAAUCGACCAAUUACCGAUUAUUUAAAAAAUGGCAGAUUAAUUGGCUUUGCUGAUUAUUUGCUGAUUAAUCGGCUCAUCCUUACUAAUCGGUGAUGUUGUCAAAGGGCAGGAUUCCAGUGUUUUGGAUGACCACUUUGCUACUUAGACAGAUACAUCUCCUAGGGGGUCGGGGGAAAUUUUGAAACUCGGGUCUCUGAAACAGCAUUUCCUAUUUUUCCAGAGUUAUUGAAGACCAUUGAAAAACUCAUGUUUUUAAGAGUAUUUAUCAGAUUUGACAGGCGUAUCGAUUUCGACCAAUGGGAGUUUUGCGUUGUGUGGGCAUGUCAUAUUUUGUUUCUUGAUAUGUUGUCGGCAGUCCCUCCAUUCAUUUUGCAUGCCUGAAAACCUGCGGAAAGGAGGGACCGCUCGCAGUCUAUAAAUUUAAGUUAGACAAAUUGAUUAAAAUGUAGAAUGAAUUUGUCUAAUUUGAACAAUUGAUAACUAUACAGUUUACAUGUAUUAUUCUGCAUGGAAUACAUGUAGAUACACUAGUUAUUAAUGAAGUAAUUAAUAAUAAGUGCCAGGGUUUUUCUUUUCUUUAUGCAGUGAGAGAUCCAACAAUGUUCAAAACCAUCAGAUGUAAAUGUUAGUUUUUGACACUUAUUCUAGAUAUGGUUUUGUUACUUUUGAACAAAGAAGUACUGUCAGUAAAGUCGAAUCAAUGGGGAUAAUUUAUUUCAAAAACAAGAAGAUAAAUAUUGGACCAGCAGUAAAGAAAGAAGCCACAAUUUGUCAGCCUGAGAUUGUUAUGUGGCCUCAAUCGAGUCCAGUAACAUCUGCAACUACAACAAAUGUCGUUGGACAACAGGUUUGUAUUGUAAUAUACAAAAAAAGAAUCGUAGUUAAGAGGAACAAUAAUUGAUUUAUCCAUAGAAAGAUUUUCAGAUUUUGCUGGGGGUGGGGUGGGGGAUGUGCCAAAAAUUUAAGGGCGAUGCGAGCGACAGAGUAAUAUUGUGCUGUCGAGCAAGCUGCAACAGGCACAGUUGCCAAUGGGGGUCCAGAACAUUUUGAGAUUUUUCGUCUUAUUUAGUUCAAAAUCCCUGGUUUUAGUCUUAGUUCAAAAUUUUAAUUUCAAUCACCCUACUGUCAUUUAUCGCAAUGAACAUUAAAAUAUUUUUUUGGGGGGGGGUGCAAAUUUCUCUAGGUGGGGUGGAAAAACUUUUUGGGGGGGCUGCAAAAUAUUUUGGGAGGUACCCCCCAAAAAUAGAGAUAGAGAGGAUUUAUUUAUCUUUAUUGUAUUUUCUCGUUAAUUCAUGUUAAAUAUUGUAGUAUUUUUCUUUAAUAGACUUAUCAAUCACCGUAUUACAAUAACCUUGGAUAUUUGCAACAACCUCAACAACCCUUAGGUAUGUAAAAAAUCGAGUUUGUCUUGUAUCAAGUUCAACCUGUUUGGAACUGAUUUGGCUGCAACAUGCGCCACUUGGUUAUUUGCCGGAUAAUUUCACUCAUCGACAGGAAAGUGUUGAGCAAGGAUGAGUUAAUAGUAUUUGGUGUGGUUAUUUUAUAGAACCUUAUGGUGGUGCUGAUUGUUAUGGUUAUUAUGUUGUAACCAAUGAUGGUGUUUUAUAUUGGAUGAUGCAUCCCAUGGCAGGAUACAAUCCAGCAGUUAUAAACCAAAAUGUAAGUUGAAUUUUCAUUCAAGAUAUUUAUAAGCAAUAAAUCUCUCUUUCAAUAAAUUUCCACAAAGAUAUUUAAUAUAUAUCAAAAUUAAGAUAUUUAAUUGACUACCAAUUUCCUUAUUAAAAAGUUUACAACCCACCAGGCAUAGGACAUUGUUUCAACAUUGCAAGUUUGUAGACAAAAGGGAUUUGCAAGGGAGUUUUUUUAAUUGCAAAGGUAAUGAGGAGAGUUGCAGUCAAUUUAGAAACUCAAAAGAGGAAUAUGCUUUGUGUAGCUUAUCUGUAAACUAUUCUUUUAGGGAUCGGACAAAUCAAACGGAGUAAAACUUUGCAAAAAAUUAGUUACUAUCUUAAUUCAUCUGCAAAGGAUCUGCUUAUUGUAGAACACUAAUUAUGUUAGACUGCAACAUUUGUGACUUAAUAUUUAUAGAUGCAGCCACAAAUGCCUUAUUCUUAUUUUCAACGGGACUAUCGAAGCAACAGCAGCAGUAGCUCUAGUGAUGACGAAAUCAAAGUUAAAAAACACACAUACAAUGCUAAGAGGAAAGAUAUACCACCAAGAUUUAAGAAGAGAUAGACAUAUGGAUAUUUUAUCUUAAAGAUGGCUGCAGGAAAACAUGGUAAAUUAUGACCCACUUUAGCCUAAUGUUUUAAUGUUAAAGUUUAUAAAUAAUUUGCCACAAUAUGCAAGAAAUAAUUUCUGUUUUGGUUGCAUGUUUGAUCAAAAUCCUCCUUAUUUCCUGGUCUGGCAAUGUGAAGCUUAAUUUAUAUCACUGACUCAGAUGCAUAAAUAAAACUAGGCCAAAAAAUGUGGGUUUCCGGUUUCUUAUAAAAAUUUAGGUAGGGUAGGUCGAUUUUAACCUUUUUUUAAAACGUUUUUUUAAAUUUUCCUAACAACCGGACACCAUUUUGUUUAGUCAGUGCUUCCACGUCCAAAGCACAGAAUAGUAAGUUAUAGCAGAAGCGUAAAGGCAGAUUUCCAGUCCUUGCACAAAGCUCCUUGCUGCGAGUGAUGCAUGAGCACUUUCAUCCAAUCACAAUGCUAAACAGUUUAUUUUAAUUAGAUGCAAGCACUCGCAGCAACCUGCGAGGAGCUUCGUGCGAGGACUGGAAAACCGCCUUAACUCAAGCAAAUAUUUGUCCGCGUUUUUACAAGCGAUUCGUCAUCAAUCACGCCAUCCUGGCUAGUACAACCGGCACUUUGUACCUACCAAAACCUGGUAAAAACUUACGGUUGUACUAGCCAGGAUGACGUGGAUUGGUGUGAGCGAGUUAAAAUUUUCGUGGACGUAAAACAAUAAAGGAAAUGACUAGAGUUACGCUUCUGCUGUAACUUCCUAUUCUGUGUCCAAAGAUAGAUUUCCCUAAUAUUGCCUCAAAUUUCAAUUUUCCACAAACUUUUUCCUCUAAGUGGAAACACUUACAAGCAUGAUCCAAUAAAAAAGUUUAGGGUCAGGAUUUCGACGUCCAAAAGCUAGGUAGGGUCGGGAAACCGGAAACCCACAUAUUGUUUUUGGCCUAAUAUUAAAAUCACUUGCCUGCUGCCGUCUUCAUGAAAAGCAUCUAUAAGUAAAUAUGGCAUUGGGGUUUAUUUAUAGGGGAAUUAAUUAAGACUAUUUCUCUCAUUUUUACUACAAAGUCUUAACUUUCUAUUUGAAAAGAGAGGCACACUUAAAAAGUUAUUAUUUCCUGGAUCCUUUGUAUUACUUUAAUUUUAUAAAUUUAGAAAUUGAUCAAGUUAAUGACCCUGAUACCAUAAUUAAUUUGUAGUGUAUUCCACAAAUUUUCUUCAGUAUUUCAUCUAUUAUUUUUUAUAAAAAUUGUCUAUAUAUAUUUUUUAUUUUUAAAAACCAUACACUGAUUAGGCUGAUGUGAUAUUUAAAAAUAUUGAUAUAUACAUACCAGUAUAUAUCGAUGUUGAUGUCAACUAUAUGUUGAAUUAUGAAAAUUAGAAAAUGUAGUUUAGUCAACUUGCAUCAGUAUAUCUCAUAACAAACAGCAAAAACAUCAAAGUUGCAUGAAACAUUUUGAAAUAUCAAUAUUUAUCGAAAAUAUCAAUGUAUUGCAUCAGCCUAACUGACCAGUUUGUCAUAAUGUGACAGCACACUAGUAAACAUUUAGUUGUUGAGAUAGAAAUAAGGUUUCAAUGGAGACAAAUAAAGAUAUUACAUUGUAAUAGAUGGUGUUAAUAUAAAAGGGUAUUUUGAUAUUGAGGUUUGCAUGGUAUACCUGGUAUCAAACGAAAAAAGCAAGAUUAUUGCUGUGUAUGUAAAUAUAUAGUACUCUAUGUGGGCAAAAAUGUAAUCUAUAUUAUAUGUACUUUGUAGUGUAGCUGUGUUUUGUAAUAGAGUAUGUAUUUAGGGCAUAUAUAUGUUUCAUGUAAAAUUGAUUAUAUGUCAUUCGUGUAUGUAAGGUUAGAGUUUCGUGCAUUGGUGCAUGAGCUAUUUGUUUAAUAAAUAUUUAUUUAAUUGUCUCAGUUGCUUUUAUUUGGAUCA